CAACAGGUGAGCAGUUUAGAAUGUCGAGGAUGAUUUCCCAGGCGUCCCUGUUGAGGACGCUUUGCAACAUGCUGUUAUUGGCAGGUUUGCUAGAAGCAACAUCUCUGAUGAAAGUGAAGAAUCCUGAAGGGAAUCCAGUUAAAAUUGGCUCUGCCCAGGCACAUGAUUUCUUUACUAAUUCUCGACCUAAGAGGAACAUUGAUCCAAAGUGGUAUAAAGCCACGCCUGAUUUCCAGUCCUACUACCGCUUCUACAACAGUAUUGGACACAUUGAAGGACUCUAUGAGAUCGACAGGAUCAGGAUGGUGUAUCAGCAGAUGCGUCACUUCGAGGUAACCUAUGGCCCAGAUGCCUCCAGUUACCAAAAUGUAAUGGGUGUGCUGACUACCACCGCAGAACCAACUACUACCACUCAGCCCCCUCCUCCACCCACCACCCCUGCCCCGACACCAGACCCUCUGGAGAAUGCUCAGAGGAUCUAUCUCUGUAACCCCAAAGACCCACUCUGCAAACCUCAGAUCGUCUACCUGCCAACAGGGGCUGUUGCAGUACUCUGUGACCCACGUGUCAACGCCGCCUGCAGGCCCAAAACAGAGGAGGAGAUCAAAGUUGCUGCUCCUUCCCAACCACCCCCAGCUCUUCCGGCUCCCAAAAAAUCAGUCGAACCCCCCCCUCCUCCUGCUAUCACUGUUAAAGGUAUGGAGUAUGACUGUGACCCAUACUGGGACCCUGACUGCCUCAUCGAUCACCCUCCCCGCCCCAUCCAGGUAACAUCCGCACCAGAGACACCCACUGAAGAGAAAGUGGAGAAAGAGGAUGUAGCAAAAACCAAGGAAAGCGUCCCUGAAGAACCAGCCACACAGAAAAGCCCUUACAUCGACCCUUAUGAUUUCAAACGUGAACUUUAUGACCCCUUUCGUUAUGCCGAUCCAGCUCCUGAACCAGAGUAAAGUGCCUAAGAAAUGAUGGCCUUCCAUAUAGGGCAGGACUACAAUAUUAAAUCACAAGACCAAACCAAGGCAGGACUGUGAGAAAAUCCAUAUUAAAAACAAAGGUCAACAUUCAAACAUGCAAAUCAUCAAAUGUUGUGCGGGACAGACAUGUAGACAAUGCCUUUACUGUGUUUGCAGUUAUCCGCAUGACACACCACACUGAUUGAUUUGUAUGGAUGUUCAUAAGAAA